AUGGGAACAGUGAAAGUCACCAUCGGAGUCGGAGACCCACAAGGACGGCGGUUCGAAGAACUCGAGGUCGUCGUGGACACGAGCUCAACCUACACGGCAUUGCCCGGAGCAAUGCUUAGGAGGCUCGGCGUGCCAAUCCAAAGGUCACUCCCCUCCGAGACGGCCGACGGCAGGAUCGUCCCGGUCGACGUCGGCCAAACCAACAUCAGGCUGGAGGAGUUGGAGUUCCAAACUCCGGUCAUAUUUGCGGAAGAACACGAGCCCAGCCUCUUGGGCGUAGUAUCCCUCGAACAAGCCGCCCUUGCCGUCGACCCUCUCGCGGGAAGACUGAUACCUACCAAUCUUCUACGGCUCUAA